CUAAUGUGUAUUGUAAGGGUAAGGACACUAUAUUUCCGCCAUUUCGUUUUGGUGUUGAGGACAUCAGCAACAAGAUGUGGUUUCACAACCUUGCCUACCCUAAUUGUUUCCUUACCAAUUCUCACAUUGACAUCAUUUUCUAUUAUCUUCGUAAGAAAAUAAUGUACUCAGCCGAGCCGAAAAUCAAAGUCACCACAACUGAUUGCCUCUUUUGUUCUAGCAUAAAAACUUUGUAUGAGAGGUUUGUUGAGAAAAACAACGAUAUAUCGGUGUUGUCUCUUUCUCACAAUGUGGCCCAGUACAUUCAAGGUGGUAAGAUAUUAUGUGCCACUCCUUGGCAUUUGGUUGAUCAUGUUAUUAUGCCUAUCAAUGUAAAAUUACAGGAUCAUUGGAUUUGUGGUCGUCUUAACAUAGUUGACAGGCGCAUAUAUCUGUACAAUUCACUGCGUUCUGGGAGGUAUAUGACUGAUGCCAAAGAGGCUUGCAAGCCUUUCUCUGUUAUUUUACCAUAUUACUUCUCUAUGUUAGACUUCAAAGGCCUUCGCAACGAAACUAAGUUUAGCACUAUGGAACCGUUUCCUAUUGUUGCUGUUGAUGGUUUACCCGAGCAGGUCACAGCUGAUUGUGGUGUUUUUGUUGCAUCAUUUGCUGAGUAUUUCAUUGAUGGCAAACCCAUCCCAUCCUCUGAUUUUGAUGUGGAAAUUCACCGCGAUCGUUUGGCUGCGUUAUUUUAUCAAUAUGGGAUGAAGAAGCAAACUGAGAACAUUGAAAGUGAAUCCGAGGCCCCUCCCAGCCUUCCCAAGAAGUGAUUUGCUUUUUCAAUCAGACUGUCAUUGUUCUUAUAGUUUUUUAAUGUUGUUGUAAUGUUUUUCAUGUUGUUUUUCGUAAACAAACAUUGGUGUUCUGUUGUUUUUCCUUACGCUUUGUGUGGACAAUAUGUAAUCUUUUAUUUUCGUAUGUUUUUUCUUAUUAUUUUUAUGUACAAAAAAGUUGGUAUGUUAAAGUUGUUUGUUUUUUCAUUUCAGAUCCAUUCUUUUUUUGUUUUUUUUUUUCUUAUAGUUUCUCUGUUUUUUGAAUCCAAAUAUUCAUUUCAGUAUUAAAAACACAAACUGUUUCAAUAACAAACUUCAUAUAUAUAUUCAAUUUAGUAUCCAACAUCUUUUAAUAUCCAAUCUAGAGUAUCAACAAUUCCCAAUGUAAUCAAUGUUUUUCA